UAGUUUUUCUUUUCAGAUGUUUCUUAUCGUCGAGAGUGUAUAGUGUUCUCUUCGUACUUCAAGAUUUCUUUUCUUUUUUUCUUCCUCCCCACCCCACCCCACCCCACCGCCCCGCUGACCACCCAGGACCUGUCUUCGUCAUUCACCGUCAACUUUAAAUUCCAAAGUUAUAAAGAAUCAAAAAGGUGUUUAUACCGUGUAAACGAUUCUCUGUUUCAAUCGCUCGUUGAGAUAUCGUGACUUUUAGACGAAUAACAAGCUUUCCAUCUAGGCAAACAACUUGCAUGGCAUAUCGGCGGAUGGACGUGCCAAUCGUUGGGAAGUCCGAACUCGGAGGAAAGUACGAAGCCGGAAGGAUACGGCGUCGUCGUCGUCGUCGUCUUGAUUGUCGUCAUUGGCAAAGAGGAAGAAGAAGAAGAAGAGGAGGUGAUGGUGAUGGCGGUGGUGGUGGAAAGUUGACGGAAGUCGGUAGAUACGCGAUAAGGAAAAGGAAGAGGGAGAGGAAGAGGAAGAAGAAGAAGUGGCGUGAAGAGGAGUGGUGGACUAAAGGAGGAAAAGAAGAAGAAGAAGAAGAAGAAGAAGAGGAAGAGGAAGAGGAAGAAAAAGAACAGGAACAAGAGAAAGAAGAAAUUGGUGUUGCUGAUUUUAUUACUGGUGUUGUUACUGAUGGUGUUAUUGUUGGUAAUGGUGGUUGUGCUAAUGCUAUUGCUACUUUUGCUCCAUCAUCAUUGUUUCUGUUGUGUUGUUAACAAUUAUCUGCAGUAUAUCUCGAAAUGGAUAAUAAUUUUGUUCGAUUGAAAGGAUUUCGUUCUUUAAUUCAACUAUCGUCGUCGUCGUCGUCGUCUUCGUCGUCGUCGUCGUCAUUGUUAUCAUCAUCAUCAUCAUCAUCAUCAUUGUCAUCAUCAUUGUCAUCGUCGUCGUUGUCGUCGUCGUCGUCCUCGUCUCACCUCAUCCUAUUACCACCAAUUAUAUUCUCCUUUAUCAUAUAUUCUCCAAUAACGAUAAUUCGACGAAGGAUAAUAUCGUCGUUAUUCAUCUUCCCUUUUAUUAUUUGACCUCUCUCUCUCUUUCUCUCGUUCAGAUUCUCAUUGAUAUUGAAAACGAACGUAAAAAAUACUAUAACGACGAAUUGUAUAUUUUUCUUCAGUAUUCCCCCCCCCCCCCUCCCUCCUAUCCAUCCCAGAAAAUUCCCUUCUCAUCUCCUUCUCCUCGUCUCCUUUUCUGAUCUAUCAUCUUCUCCUUUAUAUCCUUACCUCAUCAUUUUUAACCUACGAUAAAAUUCUUUACGUUUGAAUGAAAACGAAGAAAAAGCAUAUAAACGGAGAAAAAGAACUCUCGUAUUGAUACUUUCACCAAUCAAUCAAUCAAGCAAUCAAUCAAUCAAUCAAUCAAUUGAGCAAUCAAUCAAUAAUCUGAACGCUCUUUUCCUUUUUUCUUUCUUUUUUCUUAUUUCCUGAUAAUCAAUCCGAAGAGAGGCACAUCAGAUCAAUCGCACUCCAAAUUCUUUCGCAGCGUGUAUAUUUCUCCGUCAGGAAAGAAGAAGAAGAAGAAGAAGAAGAAGAAGAAGAAGAAGAAGAAGAAGAAGAAGAA